CCUCAAAAAUGGAAUAUGAACCCUCAUUGUAUAGUUACGUCCAAAUCGCUAGGGUUCAUCAUUUGUCGCUCGCAAACGGACAGUUUGCGACUCGAGCAUUCAUCAUCAAGCUUAUCACCACGGGAUUGUUCCCUUUCGACGUGUGCGCGCGCGUCCAUAAACGUUCGGUGAACGACACACGAUAAAUAUCGUGUCGACAGAGGAACGGAGGAGAAUAUGGUGCGCGACCCCGCGCGUCGAUCGAUCGGUUAACAAUCGGUUUCGCGAGCGAUGGUACGGAGCGGAAGACGAAGAAGGGACACGUAACGCACGCGAAGACAUCGCGCCUGGCGUGCGCGGGAUAAUGAUCCGCGGCGGCGGUGGCGGCGGCGGUCCCCAUUGUUGGUUGCGCGCGUGUUCAGAUCCUGAAUUCUGGAUUGCGCAUUCAGCAGCCGUCGUCCGCGGGUAAAAGUCACCGGCGAUAUUACGCAAUGCCUCAUUCGCGGAGAUCCUCCCACUUGGAUCAGUCGAAAGCGGAUCCUCGCCUCGCCUUCACUGCUGUACGAACGCCUCCUCCGUGCGGCCGCGCCGCCGACCGCCACUACCGUUAUCGCGCGCGAUAAUAUCCGCAUAUUUUCGAAGAUUUGUUGGCCGGCGCGGAUAGACGUGCGAUCGCGCUGUCGAUCGGCGAAGGAGAGAAGAAUUUUCGGCUCGCUCGAUUAACGUACGCCGAACGGGGUCGGUGCACCAGCGAACGGCGCGCCAAGUGGGGUACAAGGAAAAAAAUAAAAUAAAUCGCCUUGCCACACACGAAGAUCUGAUACGCCUGUCUUUGAUUAAUUACAACUCGGUUAUUUAUUAUUUAAUGGAAGCGAUCAAUUUGCCGCGAGCAAACGAUUGCUUUCCUUGAUUUAAUCAAUGACCCUAAUUUUAUGUGCGACGCCGAAAAUGGAAUGAUGUGACCGAAUAACAUUCUGAAGACAUUCAGUUGCGUAACAGUAUCUUCCGGCCGAUCAUUCACUGGUAUCUAUACUUGUCCCAAGGUGGAAUCGUAAUAUCUUUGUCAUUGGAUUGCGAAUAGAGCGCGUACGUACGCGCACGCACACAUACAUACGGGCACGUAUUUCCGCGAUGGUACACGAGAUCGUAAAUAUAAGCACUGCAGAUGAGCACGGUGCACAGCGGCAUACUUCAAGAUCCCCUUCCUGUCGAAACGCUGAGAGAUCUCAAGUUUCUCUGAAAGAAUAGAGAAGAAGAGCGGCAGGAAAAGAAAUUGGCGGCUGGGAGGGAAACUAUGUGCGCAAUUUAACGGGGAUUACGACCUUAGCCACUUGGGAAGUCGCGGUAGUAAUCGGCGGUCUUCGAACGGGCCCCCUCAAGUACGGGCCUCGAGCGGGCCUCGCGCGCCUCGGACGGGCCCCUUGAGCGGGUCUUAAUCGAACCACGGACCCCGACGAGCUAGGCGACCAGCCUAGCAUACCUGAUUCGCGCGUUCCGACGCGAGCCAGUCCUGACGUAGACCGCGGACGACUGAGGCUGAUCCUAAGACUAGAACCGGCUAGAUCGCGUCGCGGAUUCCGUCUCCGGCUCGACGCAUCACGAUCGGAGCAUCGAGAAGGAAGCAGCGUCCCGGAAACGAUGGGAAAGCCGUUGCAUCUGAUUGUAAUAUUGCAGCCAGUGUCGUCCGCGUUCGCUUAUAGGUACGAUCCUUGGUAUCGCGCGGACACGCAGCGUCCGGUCGACGUGAUCACCGACGUCGUCAACGAGCUGGGGGUGAGAAUCCUUCAGCAAUAUUCGACGCGUGGAAACGUCGCGUUCUCGCCCACGGGGGUUGCCUUCGUUCUGGCGGCGCUCUACGAGGGAUCCGCGGGCAGAGGAAGUCAACAAAUCGCCGAGGCCAUAGGUCUACCACCCAACCGGGAUGUUACCAGGAUCGGUUUCAGGGACAUUCAUCGACGAUUGCGAAGCUACCUUAACGCCGACGGCUUCCUGGGUGGAUUGACGCUAAGUAGAGAGAACACCCGGCUCCGUCCCGAGUAUGAAGACAUUCUGAGGUUUUACGGCUUCGAUCUGUCGAGUAUCGAACAAGAAGCGAACGUUACCGUUAGCAUGGGAGACUCAGCAGGUGUAACCGAACUUCCGACGUCCACGAUCGGCUUAACCACGCUCCCGUCAGAGAUGGUAAACACUGGGAAUGUGCCGGACAUGACGACGACAACAUUAACGGGUGCUAUCACGACGCUUCCUCCGGCUGGUGCGGAAACAACAGUCGUUCCAUCGACCGCGACAGGCACUACUCAGCAAACUGUCACGACGACGGAACCAACGGGUGCAACCGGUGUACAAUCGACAUUGACUCCGAUCACCACCGUUGGAACAGUUAAUCAAAACGUGUCGCAACCGGCAAAUUCCCCAACGACGAUUGCUUCCGGCGAAAGUGUCCAGACUUCGACUACCACUGGUACGGAAACUGUUGCGGAUUCGCCGAAUACGAUUACGCCGAUGACAAACACAGACAGCCAAACGAUUCCGACUACGACCGUAGUCGCUGUUAGCGGGGCCGCGACUUCGCCGACAGCCGCCGGUGAUUCUGGAACAGGUUCCGCCGUUUCUAACGAGAAUGUCGUUCCAAUGUCGACGAGCGCGGGAACGACAACGACGACAGCCGCGGCCGACGCUGGCGCGACGGUACCGAUGAGUACCGAUGUCCAAGUACCUUCGACCUCCCCUCCGAAUACCGAGGUACCAACGAAUAUGCCGGGAACGACAACGACGAUCGCCGCGGAUGCGAGUACCGACUCACUGGCGGCCGCGAGUACGAUCGAUGUCAGCAUGACGCCCGCCAACGUACCUAUUCCCAACGCGACCUUGAGUACCGUUACCAUGAAUUCGUUAACUACUGUGGUACCAGCGAUCUCGAAUAGCGCGAACGUGACUAUCCCGAGUCCCGUUACCGAAACGAUGAUGGCGAACGGCGUUAUAUCGCAGUCGAGUACCGCGCCGUCGGUAGAUACGUCGGCCGGGAAUACUCUCGGAAUGACCGCUGCGAAUGACCCGGCAACGACGAUGACGACGAUGAUCAAUAUUGACGACGCUAUCGCGGUCAAUUCUACGAUGACGGCGAUGGCGAACGCGACGUCGAGCGGUCCUGCUGGUAACGACCUCCCCCCAAUCGCGAAUUCUACGAGUCCUAUGAAUAAUCAGACGACCGCAUCUCUCGUGGAUGAAAACACGAUUUCGAUGAAUCGAAAGAGGAAAGAUCUGGCAGACAUAAUUAACAGCAAUACCGUUAAGGAUGAAUCAACGGACGGAUCGCCGAAUCUUCGCAAACGCGAAGCGAGAAGCCCGCGCGGAUACUUCUCCAGCUAUCCAGACGAAGGUAUCUGGAUGCAAAAUCUAGAGAUUUGGAAGUCGUAUAACACAGUAAACCCGGCUGACUCUUCUAUCGGAGAUUCAUCAGCGGAGAUGUCGUUUUUGGUGAACGGCUGCGAGAUUUCCUCGGUAUCGGCUUCGAGAUACAUCGCCGUAUUGCCCUUCGCAUACUUCCCAUCGUUGCAGGCUGUCGCCCUCGAGUUUCCUUUAGACGAUCCCCGAUACAACAUUAUACUUUUCAUGCCCACGGAUAAAACGGACACGCAUCGUCUGGCGAGGGAUCUCAGCGGAAAGCCAUUGAGAUUGUUGAGGAAGCGAUUACAGCCUACUUGGGUCAGGGCCACUAUACCCUCGUUCAUGCUGCGCGGUUUUGUCACACUGACGUCAUUUCUGCAAAGGCUUGGAAUCCUGGAUGUGUUCGAGCCGAGAGUGGCCGAUUUAUCGCCCAUGACAUCCGAUCUCGGGGUAUACGCCAGGGAUGUGCAACAGAGUAUAGGGGUCAACAUAAGGAAUUAUAUGAAGCCCGACCGGACCCAUUCUCGUGAGUCGCCUAAUGUCGUUCCACCUCGACGGGACUAUUAUCGAUAUCUGCCGCCAGGCAAUGGUCUGUUUGAGAGAGCCGGGCCUGAACCCUUUACAGCGCUGCAUCCCUUCCUUUAUUUCAUCGUCGACACCGAGACUUCAGUGAGUCUAAUCACUGGUCGAGUGGACGAUCCGCUUAAUUCGAGAAUAUUGUAGAAACAUAAUCUAUAGUUUGUUAAGGUUUAAAUAAACACUCGUUUAUUUGACGAUACUUAUAAAUAAUUUUAUAAUGUGAAUUUCUCCUAUUAGUUCGCACACAGUUAUUAUCAAGUACACGCAAUUAAUAUUGUGCUCUGUACAAAUUCCUAUUUGUAAAUAAAGAAAAUAUAAAAGAUAA